AUGAUGAACCAACAAGGCGGCAUCUACAACAUCAAGAGAAGAGCGUGUGUCACGUGCACAAAGGCAAAGUGCAAGUGCUUGCCACAGACGGACAGCUUGUGUCAGCGCUGUGCCCGGCUUGGGAAGCAGUGUGUAUAUCUCGAUUUGCCAGAGAGGAAGCGGAAACGCAAGGAUGACGAUAGUCGAGUUGGUGUUUUGGAGAGCAAAAUUGAAGAGCUCACAGCUCAGCUCGUGACUCUCAGAAACGGUGUGAACAGCCAUAAUGACACGACAUCGUCCUCCACCAACGGAACAGCGUCAAGUACGGAACCUUCAUCCGUUACAGACUCUGUUCCUGAAGGCUCGUAUGGGGAUGCAGAGCCGCUGGACGCAGAAGAGCCCGAGCCCGAAGGCUACCAUGGGCGUGAACCCCCUACAACGUCGGUAUUAGAGGGCGUGUCCGACAUCGUCGACCGUGGCUUUCUCAGCAUCCACGAAGCAGAGACUUAUGUCGCGCAGUUCAAGUCUCGUUUCGUCUGGAAUUUCCCUUUCGUCGUCCUCCCCCCCUCCCAGACUGCCGAUAUGCUCCGCAAGCAGGAACCUCUGCUCUUCCUCGCCGUCAUCGCCGCCACCAUCCCCAGCGCGCACGCCAUCCGGAAGCUGCUCGCCGACGAAAUCAUGCAGCACAUCACGUCACGCAUCGUCGCGAGCUCGGAGCGGAACCUGGGCUUGCUACGGGCGCUGCUUGUUCUAUGCGCGUGGUACCGGUAUCCUUCGCAGAGGGGGAACGUGCAGCUUGUUUUGCUGCUGGACUUGUGUGUGAAUAUGGUGCACGACCUGAGGCUGCAUAGUAUGAGGGGGGAGUUGACCACGGACCAGCAGAGGGCUCUACUGGGAACCUAUUGGGCUACAUGCUUACCAAGGGUGAUUGGCCGGCCAUCUGCAAUGAAAAGCAACAAAAAGAUUGACGAAUGCUACCAGAAUAUGGCCACAUCCAAAGAGUAUCCCUCGGACAGAUGCAUCCGGCCCUUGAUCCUCACCCAGUCUUUCAUAUGCUCGGUAGACGACAGCUACAAAGAUUUCACAGAACUUGGCGCAGACGCUUCAUCUCAAGAAGAAUCAUUCAUCAAACUCAUGGUUGGAGCCAACGUGCGACACUUUGAGAGUCUGAAGGCCACCCUCGAGACUGAAUUAUCAAAGUGCCCAAACUCAUUCACAAACCUGUUUCGCUGCAACAUGCACUACAUCAACAUUGCCAUCCGCGACCUGGCCCUCGACGACGAGUACAUCUCCUACCAGUCCCGCCACUCCUUCGCCCACUCCCGCUCAGCGCAGUCCUUCAAAACGUCCGCCUUCAGAUGCUCUCUCCUGUGGCACCUCCUCCGCCACACCAAGGCCCUCAUCAACGCCUACAUCGACAUCCCCGACGACGAGCUGCCCCAGGUCACCGUCUUCACCAUCGCCCAGAUCUGCGCCUCGCUCGUCAUCCUCCCGCGCUCCGUCUCCGCGCUGCUAAAGCUCAUCGUCAGAAACCACCCCCGUGCCGGCAUCCCGGACGACGUAUUAAAUGAGGCCAAGGCCGUUGUCGACGAGGCAGACUACCUCAACCUCGUCGUCAGGCUCUACGACAGGCUGCGCCUCCUCAUUGUCGGGCUCUCGGGCCAGGACAAGGGGCUCGACGUCGCCGGAACGCUGUGCUGCCACAUGGGCGUGCUGGCCAGCUGGUACGCGCCGCGGGUCAAGGCAAUCCUGGGCAUAGACCUCGUGUCUAAGAGCCCGCUCGCCGCCAUGACUCCUCCGUCUAUUGCCAUUAGCGAAAUCAUUGCUGCCAACGCCAAUGCAAACGCGGCCACUCUGAUGCAGCAAGCGGCAAGCCAGAAUGUCGGUGGGCUUCAGUCGGUGGGCGAGCAGCAGCAAGUUGUGGGCUCUUAUGCGGAUGCCGAGGACGGAAGCUAUUUGUUUAGCGAUGAGCUGUGGUCGACCGUGUUGGAGAGUUUUUCCAGUUUUGGUUGA